AUGGUCGCCAUCAGCAAGCGUCCAUCCCUGACCGUUGUCGACAACCGCACGGGGAAGACAUACGAGGUCCCCAUCAAGAAUAACUCCAUCCUCGCGACCGAUUUCAAGAACAUCAAGGCCCAGGCAGAUGGCAACAGAGCAGAAGAUGAGACCGAGCAGGGGCUCCGUGUCUAUGACCCGGCGUACAUGAACACAGCCGUCGUCCAGAGCAAGAUCACCUACAUCAAUGGCCUGGACGGUAUUCUGAGAUACCGGGGCUACCCCAUUCAGCAGCUCGUCGACAAGAGCAACUUCCUCGAGACCGCAUUUCUGCUCCUGUACGGAGAGCUGCCGACGACUUCCCAGGCCCGGAACUGGCAAAAUGAGGUCAUGCACCACACCUAUGUCCACACGGACAUCGAGGAGAUGUUCAAGUCGUUCCGGUACGACUCACAUCCAAUGGCCAUGAUGACAUCCGCUUUUGCAACCCUCGGUGCCUUUGCCCCAGAGUCAAACCCCUCGUUGGCCGGACAGAAGCUGUUCACAAAUGCUGCGUCAGGGGACAUGGAGUCACUGAAGCUGCUCGACAAGCAAAUCCUGAGGAUUAUCGGAAAGGCGCCGACCUUGGCAGCUGCUUCGUAUAGGAUGCGCCAAGGCCGGCCGUUCAACCGACCUGCUCACGGGUUGUCCUACUCCGGCAACUUCCUAUACAUGCUCGACAAUCUCUCAGGCAGUGAAUACCAGCCUCACCCCGUCCUGGAAAAGGCCCUGGAUGCGCUGUUCAUAAUCCACGCCGACCACGAGGUGAACUGCUCUACCGCGACCGUCUUGCAAGUCGGGAGUUCUUUGGUCGACCCCUACUCCGUAGUCGCAGCCGGAUGCGCUGCGCUAUAUGGACCUUCGCACGGAGGAGCUUCAGAGAGCGCCAUCCGCAUGCUGAUGGAGAUUGGCUCCCCCGAGAAUGUCCCGGCCUUUAUGGAGAAGGUGGAGAAGCGAGAACGCGUCUUGGUCGGCUUCGGCCACAGAGUCUACAAGAACGUCGACCCGCGGUCAACGGCGAUCCGCCAGCUCGCGGAGCAAGUCUUCAAGGUCACAGGCCGAAACAAGCUCCUCGAUACGGCCUUGACACUCGCGGACUAUGCGAGGAAGAGCGAGUUCAUGAAGAAACGAAACCUCUAUCCAAACGUGGACUUUUACUCCGGGCUGAUUUACCAAGCAAUGGGCUUCCCCCUCGAUUUCUACCCCGUCCUGUUUGCUGUGCCACGAUGCGUGGGGUGGCUCGCUCAUUGGAGGCAGCAGAUGCUGAACCCGUCGGGUGUGAAGAUUUGGAGGCCAAGACAGAUCUACCUCGGUGAGGGCGAGAGGGACUACGUUGAGGCGGACAAGAGGAGGGAGAAGUCCGGAGGCACCAUCUUCGAUGGCCCUGUUGCUGUCGAGCACGGUGGUGACAGCAAGAGGAAUCAGCUUGCCACUUACAAGGAUGAGCGCGGUCAGCCGCGGACGAAGAGCAAGUUGUGA